AUGGAUCCUCGAGCGCGUAAAGUUGUUUCUUACGCCGACAUAUCUCCUUCCAUCCCAGACGAAGCUGCAUCUAUCACGGAUCCAGCUUCGAAUGCACGUCCAGCCAAACGUCCUCGCAUCUCUGACCCACCCAUUCCGUCCAGUAGCACCCCUUUGAAUUUUACUGGCAAAGCGCUCAACGGCCAGCCAAAAAAGAAACAGAAAAAGGAUCCAAAGAGUUGGCAGACGUCUCGCACGCUCACUCAUGAGGAAAUAUGGGAUGACUCCGCUCUGAUCAACGCGUGGGAUGCUGCGAUGGAAGAGUAUCGCGCCAUUAAUGGAGAAGACAAGGGGUGGAUGGAAGAUCCAGCCAAGCAGAGCGCCCUCUGGUGGAAUACUCAACCGUCAGAGGAAGAGCUGCCCAUAGAAGAAGAGGGCGAGGACGAAUAUCCGGAGGAUGGUGUCGAAGCCGAUGCCGACAUAGAGGAAACCGAUGCCGAGCUGCUCAUCUCUACCAUCGAUAUUCCAACUGCCCCCACCACUUAUCCGACGAUGUCGUCAGCGCAAGUCGCUUCUCCUGUGCUGCCUUUCCCUUCCACAUCGAGCACUUCCAUAUUGGAGCAACUCCCGGAAGAUCCGGAGAAAGUGUUAGAACUGGCGGUCCAAAGCUAUUACUGGGCCGGGUAUCUGAUGGGAAGGAGGGACGAGCUUCUCAGACGACGUCCUGCAGCACCAGUGGAAGCAGUGAAGGCAUCGAAGCCGGAUCAGGAGGCAGGAGGAGAGGUAGCCAAUGCGGAAGACCCAUAACUACAAUUUGCGACUGCCGCGUUAGGACUCUUUUUGUGAUCGAGACACGCCUAUGUUGGCACAUAUUUCGUCUCUACCGUACUACCACCCCGUAUUCUCUACAUAAGACCAGCCUAUCCCGUACCAUUUACACAAAAAAGGAAGACUCGGCCGCUCGAUCCUAUGGACAAGAACCAGACGGACAAUCUAGUGCUGGACGAAGAGUUGGAUUCCAGCCGGCCAGAUCCUACUGAGGAUGAUCUCUGAUCUACCCUCAUGUCGUCGGCGAAGCUAAAGCAGAAAACGGAUGCGUCAGAGAUAUAUGCGACGCUUGACGCUGUCGCAUACGUUGUGAAGACGCCAGAUCCGUACGUCGGAAGCGUAGAACGGAACGCAGACCUCAUAGGCGCUUGUUCAUAAUUAAAGAGGAUGGUGAACAGUGUGAAAUGACGUCGCCGGUAUACGGGUUGAUAUGCCGACAUACCCCGGAAAACAGGCACAUCCUGCAACUCAUCUUCGGUAGCAUAUGCGGGAUAAGCCUGGCAAACCUCUGCUCAUAUGAGUAUAAGGUGGAUACAGCGGACUUGAAUCAAAGUGGGAUGAAGACAUGUCUGUCUGACUGCGGCAACACCAUGGACUGGCAACAAUCUACGGAUGAACCAAAGUUCGUUCGCUCCUGAUCUUGCCUGAUCUGGGAUGACCGAGACAGACGACGAUGCUUAUUGCUUAUGCCGUGAUCAGAACGCAUCAGUACUCAUAUCAGUUGCUUGAUCUUGAUCUUCGUUUUUUGUAUAGGGAUGCCACAGGAAUGUACGAGCGGGGAGUUGGAAUGCACUGGCAUACUGUUGGAGACGAUCCAGUGCUGCAGGACGAACUCUCAGCCGUUUUCCAAGCAAAUUUCAAUCUUGAGUAGUUAAAGGUUGUAGAAAG